AACUAUAUAAUUACUUAAGUUUUUAAGUUGCAAUGUGGAUAACCCGCUGCGCGUUUGUAUUUUUAGCAUGCGCGAGCGUCGUCAUUGCACGUCGCUCCCCAAAUGCUGAUGAAAUUGAGGAGUAUUAUUUGAGAGGACCUGAAGCUGGCAGGUAUUCUAAUGACUUGAUUGAGGAUGCCCUUCUUGAUGUGCCCGAUCUUAUCAGGAAGUACGGAUACCCAUGUGAAGUACAUACGGUGACAACGGAAGAUGGAUACCUUUUGGAGGUACAUAGAAUUCCGCAUGGGCGAGACCAAAACAUUGUCCCUGAUCCAAUGAAACCAUCAGUAUUGGUACAACACGGUCUUACAUCGUCCUCUGCAGACUUUGUUUUGAUGGGUCCAGGAACAGCCUUAGGUACCUAUCUCAUUUCAUAUGUUUUUUUAUUUUUUCAGCUUAUAUUCUCGCUGAUGCUGGCUUCGAUGUCUGGCUCGGCAAUGCUCGAGGUAAUUAUUACUCCAGAAGACAUUGCUCCCGUCGCUUAUAUGGAGCACAACAUCAAUAGGCUUUUUGUUGCUUUGGCGCCUUACUCGAACACUCUUGAGCUUCUCGGUAGACUUAUUGGUUUUAAUGAGAUUGCACCUAAAAGUCCGUUCUUCACAGAAUUAGGCAGAAAUUACUGCGCCGACGGCGCAAUCUCACAGAUCGUCUGUUCCAACUUUAUGUAUAUAUUUGCUGGAAGCGGUCCAGAAUUCCACAAUGCGACUAUGUUCCCUGUGAAACUUGGUCACACGCCCGCUGGUAUUGCUAUUCGACAGAUUGCACAUUACGGUCAACUCAUCCAGCAGAAUUUCUUCAGGCGCUACAACCACGGACCAUUGACUAACUUGAGAUUGUACGGAACUCUCACACCUCCAAGCUUCGAUCUAUCUCUGGUCACUGCUCCUGUCUUCCUACACUAUGCUGAAGUAGAUACUUUUGCACAUUUGGACGACGUUGACAGACUGUGGCGAGAACUGGGACGUCCAAUGGGAAAAAUACGGGUACCUCAUCGAGCAUUUGGUCACGUUGACUUUAUGUGGGGGACUGAUGCGAAGAGCUACGUUUACGAUAGAACCAUCGCCAUUAUGAAAUCCUUUGGACCCUGGUAAAUGAUCUGUAAUCUGCUGUAUUGGCCUUGCUAAGUACCUAGUUGCUAUAGUAAAGUUCUGCCAUAAUAAAUGUUAUAUUCUUCAUCGAGCCGAAUAAAUUGAUAAAUUGUUUAUAAAUUUAUUACCCCAAAAAUCAUCUAUUAAUUAGAGGAUUGUUGAUCUACCUAAAAAAAAUAAUAGGUACCUACUUAGGUACCUACAAUUAAACUAGUUUGUUCUA